CACACAAAGUAACAAGCUUCAACGGGUUGAUUUGUUUGAUUUGGACUCGCUUUCAACACAUCCACACAAAAAAACCGACUCCAUUCGCAAUCAUUCUACCAUAUCGAUAGACAGCAAUGUUUUCACAUAUAGAUCAAAGAUCAUAUCGCUUUCAGCAUUCUGAUAGAUCAAUGCAGCUUUCCGAUCCGUUGCAAAUGGCGUACACCAAAGGAUAAAGGAUUAAUGGCAUUGUGUACCACCUUCAUUGUUGGUUGAUACCAAUUUGCAAAAAGAAAUAACAAUACUUUACAAUCCUUUCACCCGGCGAUCGUUAGGAAUUUCUCAAUAGAGAAAUGAAAGGUAAAUGUAUAUAGCAAAAAAACCACACAGAUUUAGGUUUUGUGCUGUUUUGUAGUGAAGAUCAGUGCCCCUAACAGUCGGGGUGUAAAUAAAAAUGACUUGUCGAAAUUUUACGAGAAGGGAUAAAUAUUCACCAUAAAUCUUGUUGCUUAAACAGUUUGAGAAAUAAUUUAAAAAAGCUAAAGUUUAAAACAUAAAUUAAUUAAAUUCAUUUCAAUUUUAUAUUAUUUUAGAUUAAUUGAUUCAAUGGAUCCUUAUGGAUUACAUUAAACUUGAAACUCUAAACAACAUACAAAGGCAUGUUUUGAUUCGAUCCCUUUUGUCACAUUUCGGUACCCAAGACAUUCAACACGAGCCAUCAAUUGCUGGCCAAUUCCAUCGCAGUCGUCACAAACCCCGUCCCAGACAUACCGGCGACUUUAUUGUGUCGCGCCGAAAAGUCUACCAAAGACGAUGAAUGUAUUCUUAUAGGCUGGAACAGGCAACAAGAAGACCUUAUUUUGUUCCGGAUCCUUUCUCUUGGUAUGCUACUAUAUCCUGCAUCAUUCUUCACUCCAUCGACACACAGAAUCUUGGGUCCUUCAACCGAAGGGCGGAGUUUGACUGGAGUGUGUAGAUCAUUUUCCUUCGCUUCGAUCGCUGUCCGGCUCUUAUUAUAGCAAAACCUGAAACCCAAUGAAUAACUAAUGGAAGAAUGGAAAGCAGACGAGGGGAUCGAAAUCGACCAUCUGUUACGGUGAAGGUGACGAAUUGCUGUUGUAUUGCAGGGGCAUUUUCCCUUCCUUUUUUUGUUGUUCAGCUUCAGCUACCGGGACGGUACAAACUCCCUCCGAUUUUCCACAGGUAUCGGCGGAGUUUUGCCCUAUCUGCUUCAAUCCGUCCCUCUCACGCUCUCUGUCGACCAAUGGCAGCUUCCGUGCGGAAUUAGCCGAAGCAGGGGAAAAAGGACUUUCGUGUAGGGUUGUCCUGAAGGCCACCUAUAAAUACCCUUCCCACCAUGGGAUCUUUACUUCAUUCGGAGAUUCAUGCUAGGAAGGUGAAGUUCUUACGCGAGUAGCUCCACUUGUGCUUGAUUGAAACGUUUUUAGAACAGUUGCUGUGAUCUUCCAGAAAACCCAGUGCGUCUCAGUGUUUCAUGUGAAGAUGUCGCGCUCAUUUCUAGUGGACUCGUUAAUCAGUGAUAAACCAACGCCGGUGAAGAAAAGUUUCCCCUAUGCUGGACCCUUCACACAGCUUCCCGUGACUCCACCUGGGGCCACACUGCCUUACUCCGCUUGCUACGUUGGGAGUUAUCUGUUCUCGCUUGGAUUACAACAGCAGCAGCAGCAGCAACAACACCAGCAACAUUUGUUCCAGCCGCAUCCCCAACAGAGCCUCUUUGCACACACUCCAACAUUACCACAAACGCCCACCAACCAGCCCGUGGUUCCGUUCUGGCAAUCGGACGCUAAGCUCGAACUGUCACCGAAGCUUUACCAACCGACGGAUGUCUCACCACCGAAGUUGUCCCCUAAGGAGGACUACUAUCGCAAGCUGUACCGCUGUGAGAAGACACCGGAACGAUUCUCGCCCUACACCGUCUCCGUACGUCCUACCGAAACGCUAUCCAGCACCGUAACACCUACCGUUCCGUCGGCCAGUCCUUCACCGACGCGAUCAAAUGAUCUCGCCCAGACGUACACCAUCGAUGACGAGUUGUCCAGCAAGCGUAUCCGGACGGCUUUCACCAGUACGCAACUGCUCGAACUGGAGCGUGAGUUUGCCGGCAACAUGUACCUUACCCGUCUGCGACGCAUUGAAAUCGCCACCCGGCUCCGGUUGUCCGAGAAGCAGGUUAAGAUUUGGUUCCAGAAUCGCCGAGUUAAGCGCAAGAAGGGAGAUGCUCCAUUCGGUGCUGAAUUGACUGGUGUCUCCGGUACCGCUUCUGGAGGUCCUAUUUCUCCAAAAGAACACCAACACGGUCAGCAUUGCUGUUGCCGAGGAUCACAGUGUGGUGGUGGGAACUCCGAUUGUGAGGAGCUGCCCCAGCGUACGUCGGAAGAACGCACUGUGUCUCCCGUCGGCAGCCAUCAACAGCAGCAGCAGCAAGAGAAAGCAUGGGACUUUAGCAAAGCCUUCCAACAUUAGGAAGUUUAAACGCUGUUUAGACCCGCCGCAGCCCAGUGAUGCGCCUGUAAAUAGAGAAUCGUUGUAGAUGGAUGAGAGAUUUUAUUGAAAAAGAAUAUAUUUUCUUAACACUUUAAUACGUUGCGAUACCAGUUUAUAAUUAUAAAUAAACAAAACAUUAAAAACUAAACCAUUUAAUUGUGUACUGUUCAUUAGUAGUAAUUAUUGAAACUUGAAUAUCACAUUUUCUUUCUAAUUAAAA